GAUUCACCCGUUCUGAAUGUGACAGAACAAAUUCUGUAUUUUUUUUAUCUUUUAGUUGAUUUAUUUUAUUUUUUCCCCCCCUUUCUUUUAGUUCCAUUUUCUCAGAUCAUUAUGGCGUGGCCGUGCAUUAGUCGGGUCUGCUGUCUGGCGCAGUUCUGGAACCAGUUUGACAAAUCGGACCUGUCCGUCCCACUGACCAUCCAAAACUACUCUGAUAUCGCAGAUCAGGAGAUCCGAUCGGUCACCGGACACGUUCCCACCGAGCGAACGCAGACGCAUGGUCACGCCACUCCGGAGCACAGACACGUUUCCGCGGCGCAGGACGGCGGAGUCAACCGAGUGCAUCGCAAGCGCGCGGAGGCGAGUUACAAACCGCCCGAGGACGCGCCGUUUUCCAGCGUGACCCAGUACAAACAGGACUAUAAACCGUGGCCCAUUCCAAAAAAAGACAAUUUCCCAUGGAUUAUUAAAAGCAGUCCUGUAAAGCAGAACCAGCUGCGGGCAGGAAAAGAAGCGCGCACAGCCAGAGAGAAACACGUUGAGAGCGAAGCGUCCAAAACAAGCUCUUACAGAGAGGAGUACAGGCCCUGGGCAGGGGUGCAGCCAUCCAAGCUUGUUCAGAAAAGGCCUACAUUUCUGGCUACAGCGACCAGUGUGCCUCCUCCUGAGACCAGCUACCAGGCUGCCUUCAAUGCUGACACACACAGGCACUCAGACAUCAGUGUGAUGGACAUGAGCACACACUCGCAGCCCAACAUCCCAGAGAUGGCAAGCAGGGCUGAGGUCAGUUCCAGACCAGAGGAGCAGCUGGUGAGGACAAAGUUGUCUCCCAACCCGUCCGCUGUGUUCCAGAGUGGAUCACGAAUCUUCAACAUAUGACCCAGUGGACCAGUUAACCUAGAAAACACAUAUGGAUUUCACUUUGAGACAAUGCACACACAGCUCACUGAGGGAACUGUAUGGAAGGUUUGGAAUGUUGUUGGAGGCAACAACCUUUAACAGACUGAAUCAUCAAUGUUGCUGAAGUUUUAAGUGAUAAUCUGAAACUGACAGAUGGUGUAAUAAAACACUCAAAGCCAUUCCAUAGUUCAACAUGGGUACAAACAUUGGAGUAAUGCAGGGCUAAUUUCACUUAGUGUGAAAUCUAUGCAAGAGAAUGAAUUUCUGAAAUUAAUAUCUGUUUCAUGCCUUUAGCAAGUCUUUAGUAUUUUGAUAUACAGUGUCUUCCAUAUACUGUAUAUAUUAUCAUCCUUCAUGAAAAUGAACAAAGCAUUACUAUAUAAAAACAAUAAUGCACUUAAGCAUACAGGCACAUUGUAUAGAUUUAUUUUACCUUUUUUUGGUCUAACUUUGGAUUUAAAUAUCAAAUUUCACUACAAAAGUGGUUUUAAGUUACAGCACACGAGCAGCACAAAAUAGUUUGUGGACUGUAGAAGAUGAUAGCACAGAGUCUGUUCCUGUACAUGACCACAGAAUUUUAAAGAGCAAAACUGAGUUUGUGUUUUUUUUUUCCCAGAAGUGCUAUUUAUGGCCAAUAAUAAACCUCUUGGCAGAAACAUAGUUGUUUUUUCUUCAUACAGUCCGACCAAAAACAUGCUGAUGGUGUGCAUGUCCAUAGACCCUGAUUAUGGAAUCUAAUGGCUCUAAAUGUCUUUAUUACUAAUAUAUUUUAUGAUUAUGCUUGGUAUUAUACAUAACUGCUUAUUAUAUGUAACUGCUUAUGUAUUCUCUAACCCAUGCAGGUCAACGCUUAGCUUUUUCUUUUGUAUUGAUAGUUCUUCAGAGUUUCCCAUGGUAAUUGAAGACAAAGGCAUUUUACAACUGUUUGUUAAUAUACAUAAAAGAUGUCUUUUACAAGUUAAGCUUUACCUCCUUGCAGAGCCAGUUAUUUGCUGGACGUGUACCUCCGAUGCCUCCUUCCCUAUAUGCGUCUU